AUGAAAGCUAAAUUAGAUUAUUGGUUAAAGCAAUAUUUGUAAAUAUAGGAAUUUAAUUCUCUAAUGGUUUAUAAAUAAGAAAAUUCUUGGGUUCAAAUAGAAUAUUUCAGAGAAAGAUUUUACAGCUAUUCAACUUUUACAAAUGUCUAUCAUCCUUAUUAGUUUGGAUUUUAAGUAUUUUGGAAUAUUAAUGAAUAAUAUUUAUUUUCAUUUUCAUAAUUACAAGCAUCCGUUUUAUAUAAUUUUAUAUUGAAAAUGAAGAUGGGCUUAUUAAUAGUAAUGGCUUUAUUCAUUUGUAUAAAUGGAAUUUAGCAGAGUAAUGGAAUACUUGAUCUCUAAAAUUUAAAAGCGCAUUAACUAUUUACAGAAAAUGUGUAAUUUGAUUAAGAAUUUGAUGAAAUUCCAUAAGUGGUCGUAUCUAUAAAAUAAAUAAUUGGAGAUCAGUUUGAGCUUUACACCAGAGCAAGUAAUAUCAAUUUGAGAGGAUUUGAUUUAUAGAUAAUCAGCUCUUCCAAUAUUGCUAAUAUAAAAAUCAAUUAUCUUGCAAUUUACGAUAACUCCUUGAGUGUUAUUUGUGAGAAUUACCAAACAAAAAAAGAUGAAAUUAAAGUUCCUUUUAAUAUAGAACAUUCAUAAGUAGCAGCAUUUAUUACAGGAUUGAAAUUGUAACAAAAUGAAAAUGUUUACUUCAAAUUAAAUUCUAUAAGCAAUUCGUAAGCUGUUUUUCAGACUAAAUAAAAGGCAAUGGGUCUUUGCUUAGUUUUUGGUGACGAAGAUAAAAUUGCACAUUAAUAAUCACUUAUAACAUCAACUUUGGAUGAUAAUAAGCUGGAGUUUAAUGUUGAGAAUAUCGAAGAUUCAAUAAUAUUACCUUUAGAUAAUUAAAUUCUAUCUUUUGAUGACAUUGUAAAUAAAUUAUCAAUUGAAUCAAAGGAAGAAUAAUCAAUCUAAGUGUAAGAUGAAGAAGAGAAAUACCUCGAUAUUGAUAGUAUCUAAAUAGAAACUUUGGGGAUAAAUACUAUUUAAUAGAAUAUUGAAGAUGAAGUAAUAUAAUCUGUUGAUAUUUAAUUUUUGUAACCUGAAAAAAAGAGUGUAUAGGAUGAAUUGUUAAAAAUUGAAGAAAACCAUAUAGAACGAGUUUAAGAAAUAAUAGGUAAGGCUGUGGAUUAACAAAUACAAUUAGAAGAGUAGGAAGAAAAAAAGUUUUUAACAUAAGUGAAUUAAGCAAAUGUGAUUGAUAUGCAAAAUAUCCAAGACACAAUUGAAUAAGAAAUUAUUAUAUAAGAAGCAUAUGAAUUAGUUCCAUAGACUGUAGAUGAUCUUGAUAUGGAUGCAUUAUAUAAAGAAUUCACAUUGAGUCAACAACUUAAUGACGAUUUGUUUGGAUAUAAUAAAAAUAUAAUUAACUAAUAAUAAUAAUAAGUUUAAUAGUAAGUACAAUAAUAAGAAUAGUAAUAAUAACAAUAAGAAGAAUAAUAGUAAUAAGAACAAUAAGAUUAUUAAAAAUAGUAAUAAUAACAAGAAUAAUAGUAAUAAUAACAAGAAUAAUAGUAAUAAUAAGAAGAUUAGUAAUAAUAAUAAUAAUAAGAUUAAUAAUUAUAAUAACCUUUAUAAUAAUAAUAGGAUACUCUUGAAAUAAUAGAAUCUGUUGAUGUUGUUGAAGAUUAAUUAGUAAAUGAAGUAUAAUCUGAAAUUAUUACUGAUAAAACUGAAACAGAAGAAUAAAAAUAAAAACCAGUUUAAAAGCACCCAUAAAUUGAUGUUCCGUUGUUUGAUGAGGAUUUGUAAUUUGAUGACAUUGAUGUAGAAUUAGAUUAUAAAAAAGAAGAAAAAGUGGAAGAAUAAAUAUCUCCUGCUUAAUAUAUAAUUGAUGUGUAUAAAUCCUUUGCAAAUGAUGAUGCAGAUCAAUAGAAUUAAAAAGAGAAUGAAGAUCAUCCAUUUGUUGAGGUGAGUACAGAAACUUAAACAGAAGAAAUGUAGGAUGAAGUAGAGAAUGAAUUAGACGGACUGAAAGACGGGCUUGAAGGGGUUGAUUUCUCUUUAUUUUUUGAUGAAUUUUCUAAACCCGAUGAAAUGAAUGUUAGGAGACAAACAAAAUAAAACUAGGAAGAAUCAUAUAAUAAAUAAAAUCAAUAAAAAUAUGAAGAACCUAAAUAAUUCAAAUAACCAAAGGAGAAGAUAGAGGAUGUGAUGAAAGAUCUGUAAAUAACCACAGAUAUUACAACAUCAGAGGAUGAAAGAAAAUUAAUCACUUAACUGAAACAGAAAUCAGCUGAAUUGAAAAAGAAAUUAUAAGAAUAAUAUGAUGCUGUUCCUAAGUUGGAAUAAGCAAAGAAAUAAACUGAAGUUUCCAUUCAUCCAAUCACUGAUUAAUAUCCAAAAAUAGAAUCUGACUCCAAGAUAAAUUAUGAAGUUGAAAGCAAGUACGUUGAAUGGUCAAUGAGUUAAGAGUAGAGUAUAAAGAAAAUAGGGUUAGAUCUGACUGAAGAUGAUCUGAGGAAUCCAAGAUUCUCGUUGUUAUAAAUGGAUCAAAGGUCAGAAUUAGAUAUUCAGAGAUAAAUUAAUGAAUUCUUGGGAUUUGAUGACUUAUCAUUUAUUAUGAUUAAGUAAAAUCUCAGGGGAAGAUGA